AUGGAGCAGGAAGUGGCAAGAGAAGAAGAGAAGAAAGAAGGCUUAAUUGAGUUUUAUGAUUCCUUCAGGGAUAUGUUUGAGUUCUUCUGUAAGAACACAACAAUCCAUGGCACCAUCCGCCUUGUAUGCUCAGACAGCAAUAGGAUGAAAACAGCUUUUUGGAGUCUGCUUUUACUUGCCAGCUUUGGCAUGUUGUACUGGCAAUUUGCACUUAUGUUCAGCCAGUACUGGGCCUACCCUGUUGUCCUGACCAUGUCAAUGCAUUCAGAGCCCAAGAUGUUUCCAGCAAUUACCAUCUGCAAUCUGGACCCAUACAGAUUUGAACUGGUUAGUGAACAUUUGGUUCAACUGGAUCACAUGGCAGAGGAAUCUAUUGCUUUUUUGUAUGGCAUCAACACAUCAGCCAGCUUAUUCCACAUGAAUGAGAAAAACAUCCAUGUGAAAGAUUUGUCAAGCAUAGGAAAUCUCAGCAGAUCUAGCUUCAAGCUGAGCCAAAACUUCUCACUCUUGAGAAUGUCUGACCACAAUAACAGGUCAGGAAAGAAGCAUUCCAGCGUGGGCUUCAAGCUGUGCAAUGCCACAGGUGGGAAUUGCUUCUACAAGACCUAUUCAUCUGGGAUGGAUGCAAUUCUUGAAUGGUACAGGUUUCACUACAUGAAUAUCAUGUCCCAGCUACCAGUUAUAAUCAACAUUUCUGAUCAUGAGGAGCAAAUAGAAGAUAUGGUCUACUCCUGUCAGUAUGAUGGGGAGCCCUGCAGACCCAGUGACUAUGUUCACUUUCACCACCCAGUCUUUGGAAGCUGCUAUACUUUUAACAGCAAGGGAACAGACCCUUUUUGGACAGCUACAAAACCAGGAAUUCCUUACGGACUUUCCCUUAUCCUGAGAGCAGAGCAGAAGGAUCACAUCCCACUCUUGUCUACAGUAGCAGGUGUGAAAGUGAUGAUACACAACCACAAUCAGACACCAUUCCUUGAGCAUGAAGGCUUUGACAUCAGACCAGGCAUUGCAACUACCAUAGGCAUUCAGCAGGAUGAGGUGAAUCGCCUGGGGGGCAAUUAUGGGAAAUGCACGACUAAUGGCAAUGAUGUGAAUGUUAAACUCCUGUACAACAACUCCUACACCCUGCAGUCUUUUAUGCCUUCUUUGUUAAUGGUUCGAAAAUGUGGCUGUGGUUAUUACUACUACCCACUGCCUCCCGGUGCUGAAUACUGUAACUACAAUAAGCAGCCUGCAUGGGGUCACUGCUUUUAUCAGCUGUACAACAGGCUCAGAAAUCAUCACCUGAAUUGUUUUGACCAGUGCCCCAAGCCUUGCCGGGAAUCACUGUACAAGGUGUCUGCUGGGACAGCUAAAUGGCCAUCAGCAAAGUCUCAGGACUGGAUCCGCCAAGCUCUAAGGCAUCAGAAUGGAUAUAACUCUACCAGCAACAGGAACGAUAUUGCCAAGGUGACAAUCUUCUACCAGCAACUGAACUACCAGUCUGUGAACGAGUCUCCUUUACUCUCAGAGAAUCUGCUUCUGUCCAGCAUGGGAAGCCAGUGGAGUCUCUGGUUUGGAUCCUCGGUGUUGUCUGUAGUUGAAAUGUUUGAGCUGCUUAUAGAUACGCUAGUCUUGUCUCUCCUCUUCUGCUACCAAAGGUUCAGGUCAAAGAAGACGUUGAAAGUAGCUCACACUCCUACCAUCCCCAGCGUGAGCUUGACCCUAGAAAACUACCGAGUUGUGCAAGAAGAAGCUGGAAAAGGUGAUGAUUCUGCUCAUACUCACCCUUCUGGAGUGACUAUUGCCAUGGACAACAACAGUGACCUGCUUCUUCACCCCCUCUCCAGCAGGGUGGAAAUGCCCGAGCUUUGCCCAGACGUGGUGUUUAAUGGAUUUAGAUACACGAAGGAGAGCUCUUUGGAAGGGGAACUGAAUAGCUAA